CUAAAAUCAAAGAAUCUGAUGAGAUGAGUGAAUAGUGCAAGAAGAAGAUCCAGACAUGGAGAAAUAGUUCAUUUAAACCUGCAAAAAGAUGACCAAUCUCUUGAGAAGCGUUGUCACCGUAAUUGAUACUUUCUACAAAUACACCAAGCAGGAUGGGGAGUGUGCCACACUGAGCAAGGAUGAACUAAAGGAACUUCUGGAGAAAGAGUUUCGUCCGAUUCUGAAGAACCCAGAUGAUCCAGACACAGUGGAUGUCAUCAUGCAUAUGCUGGAUCGAGAUCAUGACCGAAGACUGGACUUUACUGAGUUUCUUCUGAUGAUAUUCAAACUGGCUAUGGCCUGCAACAAGGUUCUCAGCAAAAAAUACUGCAAAGCUUCAGGGUCAAAGAAGCACAGGCAUAGUCGCCGACACCAAGAGAAAGAAAGUGAAACUGAAGGUGAAGAAGAGGAUACAUCAGGACAAAACUCAGGUUACAGAUAUUCAAGUUGGAGUGAGGGGGAGGAGCAUGGUUAUAGUUCUGAGGGCUCUCGGGGAACUCCAAAACACAGACAUGGGUCUGGCUCCAGAAGGCUGAGAAGGCAAGGUGGUUUAUCUAGCUCAGAGAACCAAAAGGGAUUUGAAAAAAGGUGCCAUGGGUCCAGCUCUGGUUACUCAUGGAGUAAUGACAAACAAAGACAUGGUUCCAGCUCUGGAGAACUGGAGGGAAAAAGAAACAAAUCACAUGUUAGCCCCUCUAGGGCAUCUGGGGAUGAAUACAAGUCUGGAUCAAAGAGUGCACUAAAUGUUCAGGAGAUGGUGGGAGGGAAAGUCAUGCAUGUGGUUCCAGCAAUUCAGGUGGACGUGGAAGACGAAAAAACACUUCUAGUUCCUGUCAGGCAGGUAGAUUUGGAGAGCAAGGAAACCAACCUAGCUGUACCCAAUCAGGUUAUCAAUCAGGAAGUAGUGGAGAAGGUCAUAGAUGUAUCUCAGGAGGUUGGGCCUCUGGAUAUUGUCAACAUGAGCCUAGCUCCUGUAGCCAGUCUACUAGGCAGAAAGGAUAUGGAUAUAGAACAUGUGGUCAACCACAGAAUUGUGGAGGACAACAGGGAACAGGUUCAUGUCAGUCCUCUUCUUGUGGACAAUAUGGGUCAGGAGUAA